AUGGCCGGUCGAUACGGUCUACGUGAUCGCGCAACGAUAAAACCACCCAAGAGACUCAUCGAUGAAGUUGAGAGUCCACCAAAGAGGAGAAAGGUGACCGACGCUCAACCUGCAGUGCCUGCGGCAGAUCCUGAUGUACCUGUAGCGCCGAUUGUACCUCCCGCUCCCGUAGCACCUGUUGCACGCCCGGCGCCCGUUGCGCCCAUCAUAGCAAUUGUGCCUCCCACUCCUACUGCACCUACCGUACCAACCGCUCCUGCCCCUCCAGGAAGUGAUCAUGAAGAGGACAUUGAUGACGUCCACCGGCCCGUGAGAGGAAAAAAAUAUGUUGGUUUCGUGGAUGAUGAAACUCCUCCUCCCACCCCUCCCACCCUUCCGCAUGGGCCGAUGGGAUCACAAUGGGUUGAUUUACCAGGGGAGCUCCGCACGAUGAUCUAUCCGGAAUCAGGCUUCAAGAAGAUUUUGAAGCCAAUAUUCGGAUCAAAGCGACUUGAGCGUGGCGACUUGUUUGAGGCCAUGGUCGUGCUUUAUGUGGUUGAUUCUGGUAUCCAAUUCACUCGUCGCAGUGAGUUUCCUGGUGUCCGUGAACUAGAGCGAGACUACAACAAGGCUCAUAACCACCAGUUGAAAGUUUUUGUUCACUGGGACUGUGUGGAGCAGAUCAUCCCAUUUUUACGCUUGGUGAAGGAAGCAGUUUUCGCUGAUGCAGCCUGGAGAAUGGAACAUGGGAACACCUUCCCACCACCGGAGCGGAAAGCACCGUGCAUCGAUGCACCUAUUCUCAAUUACUUGAGAAGGACUCACCCUCAAGGUGAAGACUUGGUCCUUCCUGCACUUGAGCAACAAGCUCUCGAGAAUCUCCUGGAGAUUGCUGUACAUGGAUUCUAUCAGACAAGCCCACCUACACUUAUGGAUCCUGAGCCACUGAUAAUCAGUAUCCUUCUCCCCACCCGAACAGAAUUCGAACCAGCAGUCGGUAGUGAAGUUUACCGGCUGCUCCGCCAUCCCUUCGACGAUCCUACCUCAGGCAUAGUCUGGCGGUGGCCAGAUCCAAGGACUAUUCAGUACGUGAUGGAAUCUGCUGCCGUUGAGAAUCCCACCUUCCCUGCGAUUAUAUUGGCUACAGUUGAAGAUGUCGCCUUGAGUGAUGACUUUGAAAGGACAUUCUCCAGGUCCCCACCGGAUCCGCUGAUUCCUUAUCUGGUUUGA